CAUAGCCUCCGUUGUUAGCGCAUGUCGGUUCAAACGAUUUAGCGAGCUUUCACCAACUGACGGGAUAUCACAGGACGCUAAAGCUAAUAAGUGCGCUUUUUUGUGUUCAGAAUAGAACUAAGUCCAACAGUUAGUUCACGUUUGUUUCCUGUCUACAUUGGAAGGUUUUUUUGGUGCAAAUAACAACACUACUCUUUUAGAUGUCUUCAGAUGAAGAGCCAAGUGUUCCAAUUUUGCCUAAAGACUCGACAUAUAGGAGCAACUCUGUCUCUUCGCAGUUUCAAGAUGAAUAUGAGGAGCUUCUCCAAAAUACUUUGGUCUCACCAAGAUUUGAGCCUGUCUCCAACACUCGCGUCCAUGGAAGGAGCGCCUCACAUCUGUCCAUAGAAGGUCGCAAUUCACAGAGGAAUUCGCAGCAAGUUGGAGAGCGACUCAGACAUGAUUCCAGAGGUAUUGAGAGCCCAGACAGGAUACAAGAUGCAUCGGAACGGUCGCAGUCAAACAUCAAAGGCAUUCUCGAGUUCACUGAAAUCGAGCUGUUCAUCUCAGAGGAGAACAUUGGCAAAAUUGAGAUCAUUCUAGACACAUGGAGCACCAAACUAAAGUCCAAUAUCCUGAGGGAGCUAAGGAAGUGGAGGGUGGCCUUUAUAGAUCAACACAAGCGGGAGUUGCAGAAGGAGAGGGAGAUACACAAUGCCCAGAAAGAGGCCUUGAAGUUGGAGCUGGACAGCCUGAAGGAUCUGCUAAACACCUAUGAGAUUUCCAACAAGAGAAAGGAUGAGGUGAUCAAGAGUCUGACUCUGGUGUUGGACAGACAAAACGACAAGCUUGAUAAGAUGAAGGUCUUCACCCACUGGAAAAUUCAGUUUAUAGAGGCCAAGGAAGCGGCUCACGCUGUCAGGUUGGCGCAGCAACACCACUGUAUGUACCUGAAGAGGAAGAUGUGGUUAGCAUGGCGCGCAGUCGCUAAGAAAGAGUGGAUGAUAAGGGUAGAGCAGGCUUGUCGCGAAAGAGCUGAGGACGUGUGCACCCGCCUGGCUGAGGAGUACGAAGCCAAGCUAAACAUGUUGACUUUAGAGCACAACGAGGAGCGAGAGAAGAUGCUGGCAGAGAUUCAAAGACUGCAGGUUGACCGAGAACGCAGAGAAGUAUCCAUGAGGAAAGCCUUGAUGAGGGGUGUGUGUGCUCUCAACAUGGAGACUCUCCAGCUGUUCAAUGCCGGGGAUGCAGAAUCUGAGGAAAAUAAUGAGCACGAUCCCGAUUCAUCCCCUGAUGAUGAUCCUGACCAUGAUCCUAGUCCUGAUCCUGAUCCUGGUCCAUUGGCUCAGGCCCCGCAACGUCCUGGCCAAGGCCCGGCCCAUUUUGACCGCUCAAAGUCUCCCGCCCAACACGACAAGGACCAGAUGGGUCCUAGUGCACCCACACCUGGCCCUGAAUUACCCACCUCCACUUUGCAUACUCCAGCACAACACUAUGCAGCGCCGCACGCGCCAGCGGCUCAAAGCCAAUUCCCACAAGGGGGCAGCACUGCCUUUCACAAGGCCAGUGUCCUCACAGCAGUUCAACAAAAAACGCCAAACGUGGCAACAGCUCGUGUAACUGCCAAACAUGCUUCUAGUAAGAGUAUACGCAACAACGUUGAAGCCAUGGCUGUGGCCCCGCCCAUGAGCUCCGUUGCAGUAGACCACCAUCAAUCAGUUUCACAACAAACUAUGGGUCAGGCUACCGCUGCCAAAUAUCCUCGCUCCUCCCAGCAUGCUUCCCGCGCCACUGGUGGCAGGACACACGCCAGAACACACAUCGGCACAUAUCCUGGUUCUGCCAGCCCGGUUGACCACUUUGACCACCCAGACUCACCCACCCAUCCUGAGGAGGAAGACAUAAUGGGCAUGUGGCGCACCCGUGAAUUUCUCCCUUCAGCUUCACACAGCUUAUUCCCACAAGGGGGCAGCAGCAUGUCCCACAAACAGGCCAGUGGGCGUGUGGUCACCUCCAGCCAACAGAAGGCAGCAAAAACCAUAACCGCUCGCAUUACAGCCCAAAAUGUUCCCGAUAAGAGCGCACGUAGUAACCUCAGAGUCAUGGGUGUGGCGCCAUCCAUGUGUUCAAUCGUGGUAGAACGCCACCAGCCUACUACACAGUUCAUCGGUGGUCAAUCGCCUGCAGCCAGAUAUCCUCGCUCUUCCCAACCAGGUCCUCGUACCCCCAAGACGUCCUCCAAAGCACACCCUGGCACUUGUAACGUACACUCCAUCAAAGUAGUUGACUAAUCACACACACACACACACACACACACACACACACCUCUCACAUAGACCAGCAGAAGAGGUCUGUCCCACUUUGAAAACCCCUAACUCACUAUGCAACAAUUCCUUUUUUUUGUGGGCGGUGCUUAAAACCUUUUAAAAGUGGUCUUUGAUGUUUUUAUUGUAGAAAAAUGCAUUAUUUUUUUCAGUGACAUUUGCACUGAUCAAUUCAUGUAGUGUAGUACCUUGGCUUACUAGACUCUGCACCACUAGUAAUGUUGCAAUGAACCCUUUAAUGUCCGACCAGAAGAUGAUUUAAAUUAAUUGCAAUGGGGAAUAUUGAUUUGUAGUUCGAAUAUUUAUAAGCUAAGUCACAGAACCGAUUAAACUCAUAAGCCGAGGUAGCACUGUACCUGCUGUAAAAAGACAAUUAACUUCAUAAGUAAAAUGUUCACUUUUAUUAUAUUUUUUAAAAAGUGCAUGUAAAAUGAGGAAGCAUACAGUGUUUGUUAGUGAGACCAAAGCCAUCCUGUUUGUACCUGUCUCUUGUUUUUUUGUAAUAAAUUAUUUUAGAGCGUC